AUGUUUACUUACAGGGGACGUGGCGGCCCUUCCAGGUCGACACCCACCAACGUGCAAUGCCAAAAGUGUCUGAAGAGAGGCCACUACUCUUAUGAGUGCAAGGCAUCUUCCCAGGAGCGGCCAUACGUGUCGCGCCCGUCGCGCUCGCAGCAAUUUCGGAACCCAAAGCUAGUCCCCAAGCUCACCAAUGACAUAUUGAAUCCCCUGGAGAAAAAGCAGGGUGUUGCAGAUGAACAGCUCGCCAAGGCAGAGGCUGAACGCGCCCGCAAGCGUGAGCGCGAGGAGCGUGAUGAUGAGUUGAUCGAGUCUGCUGCCAAGCGCCCGAGAUCCGUUUCAUCGCACUCGGUCUCUACUAUUUCGACUGGCGCGUCGAGGUCGCCCUCACCUGUCAGGGAGAGGACUCGAUCACCUCCACCUGCUCGACGUUCGCGAAGCCCUUAUUCUGAUGAAGACACUGGGCCGCGCGGCGGACGCCGGGAUGAUAGUCGGAUCGCUCCCCUGAGGACGACCGCCGAGACCGCUACCGAUCUCGGGAACCUAUCCCCCCUAGAGAGGACAACGGACACUCGAGGCGGCAAAGGAGGUAUUCAUCGGAGUCCAGGGGAUCCUACGAAUCUCGACCUCAACACCCUCGCGAGUCGAGGUCACCUGAGCACAGGGGACGACGAUUUGAAAGGCCAGAUCGACGUGAUACUCGGCCAGGACGAGAGAGGCAUCCUCGUGGGGGGCAUAAUGGACGGAGACACGGCCGUAGGGGCCCGCCUCCGAAUGAGCAGCCUCGGGAGCGCAGUUUGA